GCGAGCGAUUACGUGCAACUGUUCUGAUCGGGUGCACUGUCCUCUUUUCAAUUCCGGUCUCUGGAAUAUGUGAAUAACUUCACUCAUAACCGGGAAAUGUUUGUCUAAGUUAACUAAACCAACUACCGUAGCUAGUUCCCCUAAGUGUGUUGUGUUAUAGUUUAGAGAAAUCAAACCUGAAAUAAUUUGAAAUUUUACGUAAAAAAAAUUUACAACAUAACCUGCAACAUAUUUAGUGUACGUGUGCCCCCGUAUAAGUGUGUUUAAAAGUAAAUCAACCAGAAAUUAUUCAGAAGAAAGCAGAGUCAACGAAACAAUCAACAAGAAAAUGCAUCCCACUUGGCGCACAUCUUAGAGGGAACCGAAAUAUGCCUAACUGACAGUCGCAAGUGUCAACCGAGACCCAAUAAAAGCGGUCAAGUUUGCCCAUGUGGGCACGGGAAUACGAGGAAUAGGCUGUCAAAUAUUUGGCUCAAGGCAGAUCGCUAUGAAUCUAUAUACUCUAUAUGACUGGAUCACAUCAUUGCUGCGCACGCACAGCGGCAGCGUCAGCUACAAGGCAAUCGAGGCAGCCGAAGAGUUGCCAGCAACAUCAACAUCCCCAGCAACAUCUGGAGCAACAUCACGCGUGACUGGAAAGAAGCAGAAGCUACAAAACCGAGGGGAAGCGGCCACAAAUGUGGAAGUUGAGUUCAUACCAACGCUAAAUUUUCAUUUCGAGAAGCAACUGAAUAGGCCAGCAGCCGAAGAGGCCCAGUCGCAAUCCACAGAGCAAUUGCAACAUGCUGCCAGCAAGGCUGAUAACGAGGCCGAGAACGCAUGUGACUCUGACAACGAUAACGACUCCACGCACACUUACAUAAUCUCGAGGAGCAGCUUGACAGCGACCCCCAGCAGCUCCAGCAGCACCCCGUACGCUGUCACAUCAACGGACACUGCGGAACUGUUGAGGCGGCAAAACAAUCUCAGUCUCACGGAGGAAGACCAGACCGUGUCCUCGUUUAGUAUUGAGCCGCCCACCAGUUCCAUGACCAUUGAGAUGGCUGAGCAACAGACAACGCCAACAACAACUACAACGACAGCCACGGCCACAGCAACAAGUACUGCAGAGGUGGCAGGAGCUACCACCACAACAACGACGACGACCACUACAAGCAGCAGCAUUGAGGAGGACAUCGAAGAGGCCAUCGAGAUCAGUGAGGUGGAGGAGCAACUGAGCUCCCACGUUGAAUCCCAAUCCCUGUCAGAGGCGGCUGCAUACGGCAGACGAAAGGAGAAACCAAGUGCCAAAAGUUUGAGCAGCAACAAUGAUGACGAGCAGGAUGGAGAUGAGGAAGGGGAUGCGGGUGCGGAUGCAGAUGCAGAUGUGGAUGGGGAAGAGUUUCGCAUAGAUGAUUCCCAGCUCUCGGGUGGAAUGUUGGCUCAGCAUUUUCUUACGCUAGACGAUGAGAGCGAAGCCGACAAUGAACAUCCCGAUGGUUCCCAAGUUGAGGUUAGUUUUUCCUCCUCGAAUGAUGAUGAUUUUGACAUAAGUCUGCCGCUGGAGCAGCCGAAACUAGCGCACUCCCGCCAUGAAGACGUAGAUGAAGAAGAACAAGAAGUCGUGGACCAGAGCCUGAGCAAUCAGAGCACCACCGAUGAUGUCUCCGAACUUGCCGAGGAGCCGGCACAGGCUAGAGACGAGGAGAGAACCGAGGCCAGUGUGAGUGUAAGUGCUGCACCAGAGACGCAGGUGGGGGAGGAGCCUCAGCUAACCGAUGAGCAGGAUCAUUCUAUGAAGGAAAUCGUGGCCACCAACGAGUCCAUCGAGGUGACCUACGAAGCCGAGGAGACGGCCAACACAUCGCAGAAAUUGGAUCAGAUAACAGAUUUAGAUGAGGAGCAGGAGCAGGAGCAGGAAGUGUCAGAGACGCAGAAUGAGACGGAACAGGAUGCGGUCAGACCCACAGCCAAAGUGGAAACGCUCAUACUGCCAAUGCUCCAGGAGCCUCGUGUUAUGGAGAACAAGGCAGCCAAAGCUUUGACCACACUGUACCUCCAACCAGAGCCACUCGAAUUGACCAUGCUGGAAGUGGACUGCGACGAUGGGGAUGACGAUAAUGAGGAAAGUUCCCUGCAGCUGAUGAAACUGCGCCUGAUGGCCAUGAAUCAGCAAUUCCUCAACGACAAUGGAGUCAAACUUUCACCUACAGAGGCGGACGGACAAAUGAAUAGCAGCUCUAGCAGCAAUGCGGAGCUCAAGCAAAUGGAGCGUGUGCCCCUGUCGGAGUUCAGCAAAGAUGUGCUUGAGGACAUCACCGAGGAGAGCGAGCGGCUGCUCUCCCUCAGCACCACUAUCGAGGAUGAGCCGGAGCAGGAGCAGGAGCCGGACCCAUCAUCCCUAUCCCUCGAUGAAUCCAAAACACUGCUGCAGCAGGCGGCCAAGGCAGCACAAGGCAGCCAUUCCAACUUGGUGAGCUUGAACAUGCUCAAGCAGCUGGAGGCCAAGGUGCAGGAGCUGCACACCCAGCUCGAGACGAAGGACAACUGCCUGGCCUCGCUGAAUCUGCAGAUGGAGGCGGUUCGCCGGGAAAACAGUGCGGGGCCAGCCUCUGCUCGAGACUCCUGCUCCCUGAUGACCAACUCCACGGAGUACCGAACCCUGCAGGAGGAGUUCGGUGGCCCGACGCUGGACAUGUAUCUGGAGGUGUCCCGCAGGGACGAGAUGAUUGCCAAGCUGACCGAAUCACUGCAGCACUCGAUGAACGUUCGCGGAGAGCUCCAGGCGGACGCAGAUCGGCUGGGAGGCGAGGUGCAGAAUCUGCGCAGACAGCUUCACGAAGCCAUUGAUGCAGUUAAGCGCUCGAGUGCCGUGUGGCCUGAUCAGGAAUGCAAUGCCGGCCAGCGCAUUUCGGAGAUAUCCAUGGAUCUGAUCAGCGAGAGCGACGAUGACCUGGAUCGUCACUUUCUUACCGACAACGAGGAGCGAGGAUCGCGCAGCUCCAAGGAGCGACAGGUUUCACUUCAUCCCCUCGAUGAUCUUGGCAUCCAACCCCUUCAGCCUGAGUGGACGCCGGCGUUCACCAAGCAAAUCGAACAAUUCCAGACCUACCUCCUGCCGCACGAACAGCGGCUCUUUCUAAUGGUCCAGCGCAAGUUCGACGACUACCUCGGCCAGCAGUUGAGCCUAGUCCGCGAGCAAUGUUCUCAGGAAUUGAAGAUUGCUCGCGAUCAGUGGGAGAGCGAGAAGCAGAGAAAUCAGCAGUCCCAGCAGGCCACACACGCUAAGGAGGUGGAGGAGCUGCGCAAGUACUUUGAACACAAGUGUGCCGACCUCGAGAAACAGUUCUCCGACGAUGUCUUCUCACACAAAUCCCAACACCUGGCUGGUGACAGCUCUUCGGAGUGCUCCGAGGUGGAUCAACUGCCAGAGGAGGCCGGGGCCGUGGCCGUGGCUACCUCUUCCAAGGAGACAUCGCCGCGCAAGCGCAAACGGGCUGAGCUCUUGCUGAGUCCCAGUCACAGGCAAAUGACUCCCUGCGGACUGGAUUCCCUGGGGGAGUGCAGGAGUCCAGGACUGCCUAACAGGGAGCAAUCUCAGGACAUAGCCGAGCUAAAGAUAUUCUAUCAGACGCACAUGCAGGAGAUGAAACGCGCCCACGAGCAGCAGGUGCGAAAGAUGAGUGACCGCAUUAAGUUUUACGAGCGCCGCCAGGGAGACGACGACUAUAAGCCUGCUCCCGAAUCUCCGCCUCGUACCUGCCCUGAUGAGGGAGCGGCAGAGGAGGAGGGUUCGCCGACAGCGGUACCCAACAUCUCGCUCAUCAUCAUUGACGAGGAUGAGCUGAACUUUAACAACGAGUCUCAGGUUAUCCAGCGCAUUAUCGAGGAGUACGAACGGCGAUUGCAGGAGCAACUGGCGUUAGCCCGCCAGGAUAUAGCCAACGAACUGGAGCAGCAAAUACAGAACCUGCUGUCUGAGAACGCUGUGGACGAUCAGCAUUGGCCCAAGGAGCUGAUCUUGCUGCGGGAGAAAUUUACGGCUAAAAGUCAACUGGAGAUCACUCAGCUGAAUAUCAGACAUGCCGAUGAGAUGUCGCGCCUGAAACUGGAGUACGAGAAACAGCUGAAUCGCAAGAAUAAACGCCACUUGACCUUCGACUCGAGCCGUGACCUAGAGCAGGUGAUUAAUGAGCGUGAUGGCCUCCGGGAGCUGUCGAAGAGCUUCCGGAGCGUGCUCUGCCGGCUGGCCAAGUGCGUGGCCAAUUGUGAGGAGGAUCUAAAUGCCACGCUGUCUGAGGAAGUGCAACGUCUGCUGCUCCACAGUCACAAUCACAGUCAGAGUCGCAGUCAGGACGCCGGCGAAGAGUUGGAGCAGACGCUGAGCAGCUCCCUGAACAAUACGCGGCCCCUGCGUCUGGUCCCGGAUGUGCACAGUCUGCUGGAGGUUGUGGAGGAUCCCAGUCUGGUGCAGUUCAUUAAUAGCAAGAGCAACGAAGACAACAGCGAGGACUUCGACCUGACCGACUGUUUGGAGCGGCUGAAAUCAGAGGCCACCUAUCUGCUGCAUCUGUCCGAGGACCUGCACAAGCAACGGGAGCACAACGAUUCCCUGGACGAGCCGGAGAAGCAGGAGCACGAGCUGUGCUGCGAGGCGGAGGACGGGCUUAAGACAACGGCUGCUGUGCAGCAGCAAGUUUCUGCUGUGCUCUCCAAGUUUGUGCGUACCAACUCCCUCAAUGAUCAGCAGCUGGGCGUGGCCAAUCGGCGGAAGAACAGCAGCUCGGAGGGUGGAAAGACGCACACCUCCCUGCCGCCCGAUCUGCAGCAGCACGCGGGCAACGCCUCCGAGCUGUCCUUCCAACUGGUGGAGCUGAAGAACCGCCUGAUCAAGUCGGAAACUGAUCGCCAGAAGUUGCAGCAGCAGUUGAGCAACACCAUCGAUCGCAAUGCAGAGCUGGGACAUGAGCUUCAGGCGCUGCGGGAUCAACUUUCGCAGCUGAACUCGCUGAACCACACGGACUACAACGAGGGCUACGGCUUGGGGCCGAUGAAGAGCCUACAGGAGCAGGGUCUGGACCAGUCGUCGGCCAGCUUUACGGCAUUGCAGGACCGGGCCCGUCACCUGCUCUCCUCGUCACCUUGCAGCCAACAGCAGCAACUGGAGCAGACGCGUGACUCGGGUAAUGCCACUGUCAUGCUCCUGCACAUGAUCGAGGACUUCUGCCGCGAGGGCGACAAGGUGGUGGAGUGCGGCAAGAAGGAUCGAGAAGAUCUCCAGUCACAGAUCGAUACCGCUGACAAGCAGCUGAAGGAUACGCGCCGAUUCCUGGAGGAUCAGGCCGCUGAGCGCGAACAGGAACGCGACGAGUUCCAGCGCGAAAUCGAGCGACUGAAGGCGCAAUUGCGCGAUAAGGAGAAGGAAUGUAGCUCCUAUGCCAAUGCCUCCGAGGAGUUGAAGUUCAGAAAGAAAAAGCAUUACGCACAAUUGGAGGGUCAACUGCGGGCGGUCAACCUACAGCUGAGCCAGUCGAACGCCAAGAGGGAUAAGUUCGAGGUUGAGCUGAAGGCAUCCAUUGACAAAAUCUUUGUGCUGCGCGAGAUCAUCUCGGAGCUGGAGACCCAAGUGCAGACUAAGGCACUCAACGAGCACGUGCUGGACGAGAAGACCAAACAGCUGGAGGACUAUGUCAGCCUCCAGAUGCGGGCCAACGAUGCCCUGCAUCAGGAGGUGCACAGCCUCAAGACGGAUAUCGGCGAGGGCUAUCAGGCGCGGAUUCAGCUGCUGGAAGAGAAGCUGCAGCAGGGCAGACCGUCUGCAGAACAGAGCCUUGUCCUCGUGCAGGUGGCUGAGAAGCUGCGGGACAUUGAAACCACACUGGAGCAGAAGACAAAGGUCCUGGAAUCGCUGCACAACUCAAACACCACCUCCAACUCGGCCAGCCUUAGUGUCACCGAAGACGUCUCCGUUCAUGGCGGCGGGAGUAGGCCACAGACCGCGGCGGGCUCGCCCUCGCAUCCCUCUCUGACCGUUGAGGGUGUGCAGCGGGUCACCGAAAAGCUGGAUAGACACACGCGCGUCGAAGAGGCCGCCAUUAAGCGCAUCCGCGACCUGGAGAUGCAAUUGCAGCAGAUGCGUUCCGGCUGUGUGGAACUCCAACAUGAGCGGGAUUCCCUGCAGAGCCGCAUCGAUGAGCAGACCCAAAAGAUAUCCACACUGCACACGCGACUAGAGGAGCAGCGACAAAGGGCCGAGCAACUGCAUCGCGCUGGCACCUCUGACCUCAGCACACGCGUCCAUGAGCUCCAGGGAGAGGUGAAGAAUCACAACGAGCAGCUGGCGGCCAGGGACAAGCAGAUGGCCACCAUGCGACAGCAACUACAACGCAGCAAGGAGGAGAUAACACGCCUGGAGGCAGAGCUAACGGUGCGCACCAAGCCAGACCGCACCAUGGUGGAACGUCUCCAGGUCGAGCUGCAAAGGAAGGGUGAGGAGAUCAGCAAGCUGAAGGAGAAGAUACGCACAGAGAUGAUCAAUCGAUUGGCGGUGCCGGAUCUGAUGGAGACCAUGCUUGCGGACAAGAACGAUGAGAUCGAUCUCCUGCGCGACCAGCUGGAGGCCAAGGAAAAGGAAUUGCGAGUGGCUCAAGGGGAUGCCAGUCAGAUUUCGUCGCCAGCAGCGGGCCCGGCUGAAAAACAGGAAGCCAGUGCCAAGCUGAGUGCACGAACUCUCAGCGACAUCGGAUCGAUUACCGAGUUCCCCGAGCCGGAUGUGGAGCGUCGAGCAGCCAUGCUCAGUCUUAAUGCUCCGCUGCAGUUGAGCGACGGUGCGGGCGGCUUCCUGCAUCAGACAAUGGAAACCUCCAAGGAGGCGGUGGCCAAUCUCACGUACAAGCGCACCGAUGAUCUCAGUGGCUUUGCGGCACCUUAUCCGAUCAACACGUUCGAGCAUCCUCACUACUUCCAGGCCAUGGGCGUCACGGCCCAGAGUAGCGAUGGUCUAACACCUGGUCUGGUGCCGAGACAGAUUAACUUUUCCAAUUUGACAGAGGACUCAAAGCUGAAGACGCCCAGUUUGCUGAUGCAGACCCCGGAAAUGCCGAAGCCCAUUAGCCCAGCGGAUGUCCAACAGUUGAGAAAGAAGCUAACGGAACUGGAGCGGCAGAAGGAGCAGCAGCAGGCCGAAUUGGAAGAGAAGAUGACUGAUCUACGAAAGCAGCUCCAGCAGGAAAAGGAGCAGUUGAGCCGGCACGAGAAGACUCUGCGAGGUCAUGAGGAGAGCGAGGAAAAGUAUCGACUGCGUAUCGAGUCCCUUGAGACAAGGAUUCUGGAGACGGCUGCCCAGGAGGCUGCCGAGAGGCAGAACCUCCGCAUGGAGCUCAACUGCGUGAGUGCGGCGCACUAUCAGUGCGAGGAUGCUGCGGCUGCUCGAAAGCGAGAGCUUGAGGCGCUCAACAGCGAGGUCAAGAAGAAGGCGGAGCAGCUGCAGGCUGCCCUCAUGCGGUGUGCGGAACUGGAGCUCCAAGUUCAGACGCUGGAACGGGACUUGGAGCGUCUGAAGAAUAGCGAAAAUAGCUCCAAGCAAUACUCCGUGGAUGAGAUUGCACAGCAGGUGGAGAAGGAGCUGAACUACUCGGCCCAGCUGGACUCAAACAUCCUCAAGGCCAUCGAGAGCGAGGAAGAGAACAAUCUGGACAAGAAGCAGCAGCAAAAGGAGGUUCAAACGGAGGAGGAGCACUCCCCAGGCACUGGCAAUGGAACGGACGACGAGAACUUCACCGGCGAACGGGAAUUGCUGAACCAGCUGGAGGCCUUCAAGGCCCAGUUGGCUGUGGAGCGUGACCAAUGUGAGGCCUUAAGCAAGGAGCUACUGGGCGAGAAGCAGCACUCGCAAGACAUUCAAGAGCAGGACGUCGUCAUCAUCGAAGCCAUGCGAAAGCGUUUGGAGACUGCUCUCGAUGCCGAGGACGAGUUGCACAAGCAGCUGGAUCAGGAGCGCGAGCGCUGUGAGCGUCUCCAGACGCAACUGACCUCCCUCCAACGGGCCGAGAGUCGUCGCAACAGUUCUCUGCUCUUGAAGUCGCCGGGCGACUCGCCCCGCAAAUCGCCACGUGCCGACUUCGAAUCGGAGCUGGGCGAGCGCCUGCGCAGUGAGAUCAAGCUAUUGGCGGCUCAGAACGAGCGGGAGCGGGAGCGAUCGGCCGAUGCACAGCGUAGCAGCGAGCGGGAGCGACAGCGCUACGAGAAAGAGUUGCAGGAACGUGUGGCCUACUGCGAGCGUCUAAAGCAAGAGAUGGAGAAGCUGGCACGCGACAAGGAGUCGGCCGAAGUGGAGCUAGAGCACUUCAACGAGCGCCUUACACUACAAGCUAGCGAGAUUCAGAGUCUCGAGGCGAGGCUGGUGACGCUGCAGGAGGCGGAGACUCGCAGGGCCAACACACGCACACGGCAGCACCAGGAGAACGUCAAUUUGCACGCAGAAAUUCACGAGCUUAAGGCAAAAGUGUUGGCCGCGGAGGCCGAGCGGGACUGCCUUGACCAGAAGGUCACCCACCUGCGCUUCGACGUGAGUCGAUCCGGUCAUCGAGAGGCCAAACUGGCCGAGGCCCUGGCGCAAGCUAACGAUCGGCUCGCUCACAGCACGGACGACACCGUGCCGGCGCAGUUCCUCCAAAAGAUGAAGGAGAUCAAUACACUGCUGGCGGAGAACACCCAGGAGAACCGUCAGAUGGCCGAGACGGUGCAGUAUCUGGUGGGGGAGCGGAUUGCCCUGCAGAAGAAGUGCGAGGAGCUGGGAGGGUCGGGCAGUGGCAAUGUUGGAGAGCUUGAGGAGCGCUGCCGUCAGCUGCUCGGUCGCUACCUCCGCGUGGAGUCGCAUCGUAAGGCGUUGGUCUAUCAGAAAAGAUACCUGAAGCUCACCCUAGAGGGAUACCAGGCCAGUGAACAGCUUGCCCUGCAGGCCAUGGCCGGGGCCGCACCGCAGCGAAAUUCCAAAAAGAAGUUCAAGACUGUGGCCCUAGCCAUAAUUGCCAUACAACGCAUCAAAUACAUUGGACGCAUCUGGCACACUGGGAAGCGAAUUGUGAGCAAGUCCGUGUUCACCAUAACCCAGCAGAGAAACUUGCCUCCCCAAUCUCCACUGCCUGUGCCCAACUCGAAUCUACCCACCAAUAACAACCUUUCGGGACGCCUCGGCUAUGCGCCCAUCUCUCCCCUGCAGCCAAUAGUGCUGUCUCCGGACUACACUCUCCAGGAGCCAGCCUCUUCACUGUCCAAGAACCACACCAACGAAAGCAGUCUGCCAUCGCUGGCCAGGCUGGACUGGCCUACCAUGCAGAAGCCAAAGCGCGCGCAUGCGCGGCAUCAUUAAAGGCUCUGUGAUCUGGGCCAACUCGAGCCCAGUCCUGUCAACCAUGCUCAACCGGAGGCCUUAGGUUUUAAGUGAAGCCAUAUCAUAAGACAUUCAAUAUUCAAUCAUCGCAAGGAGACCCAUUAUAGUUUGUAUUGCCUGUACCAUUUCCCGAAAUUAAGUUUUAAGCUGUUGAAACCUACUUUAAGGAUGCCAUGUCCCUUUGCUCCACGCCCCUACUUAGAAAUGUAAUCACGUCUGUAAAUGUUAUUCGUAGAUGUACCAAAACAGUAGCCGUAAGCGUAGCCCUAAUCCGUGUCCCAGUAUUUUUUAUUGGCUGACAAAACCUCCAGUCAUUUAUAUUUAGUUGUGUCCUGCGUUUGACUUUAUAAGUUCUCUCCUAUAAGUUUAUUAAACCAAGACCUAUUUGC